GAGGAGGAGCGGCUCAGGGCGGAGGCCGAGCGGCUCGAGGAGGAGCGGGAGGCGGCGCAGAUUUGGGCGGAGGUCGAACGGGCCGUCCGCCUGGAGAGGCUGCCCGCGGAGCCGGCGGAGGGGGAGGCCGGCGCGGUGCUGCUGACCGUGGUGCUCUCCGGCAGCGCCCGGAGGGCCCAGCGCAGGUGGCGCGCCACGGACCGUGUCGCGGCCGUGGCCGACUUUGCCUUCGCCUCGGCGUCGGAGGCGGAGCUGCCGCACGCGGCCGGGCCGCCGCGCCUGGUCUGCAGCUUCCCCGAGGCCUGGAGGUUGGCGCCACGUCGCAAAACUCGGCGGUGUGUCUCGGAGCGGGCUCGGGGUCCCGAGAGUCGGCGGCGAGCCUUCCCCCGCCGCGAGCUGCAGCCGACCGACGGCCGCACGCUGGCGGAGGCCGGCCUCGCGCACCGCGAGGUGCUGCACGCAGUGCCCUGCGGC